AUGCCUGUAUUUAAAGACCCCAACCAACGUGUACAUAUGAUUCUACAGCAGCUGGGCUACGAACCAACGCCCAUGUACGGCAGUAAUAAAGACGAAAAGGAGGACGGCAGCUACACCAUGACUGCAGAGACCACCACUACUCCCAUCACAACAGCAGCACUAACAGGAAUAACGGGAACAGUGGAGGAUGAGAACAUUGUCGACCCCACACUAUCACUAGAGCCGUACUUUGAUGAUGAUGAUGAUGACGAUGAUGAUGAUUGCGAUAAUCUCUUCUUUGGAAGCAGUACAUUUCAUAGUUGUAAUGAUGAAGGCAGUGGGGUUGAUAGAAACGGUCUCACCCUCACGGCCAGCACGGUGGAUCUUAACAGAAGGAGUGGAGUGACGCCUGGCCCAGACCCACACAACGACACGCAGAGCAGCACCAAUCUCUUCAUUAGUAACUUUCCCCACAACUAUGGCGAAAAUGAACUGGAAGCGAUGUUUGCCCCUUAUGGUGAAAUUCUCUCAGCGGCGGUGAUGCGUAAUAUACACACCGGCAAAAGUCGCGGCACGGCCUUUGUUCGCUACGCCACAACAGAACAGGCGAAACGGGCCAUUGCGGAAGUGAAUGGGCAGAAUGUCCGUGGCCGCACCAUUUCUGUGCAUUGGGCAAAGAAACAACACGAUGACACGCCUGUUGGUGAGGCCCGCAAGAAGAUCUUCAAACUGUUUGUGCGCAACAUCCCACUUGAUGUGACGCUGGAACAACUUAAGGAAUUGUUCCGCCAGUACGGCCCAGUGAAGGAAAUAUCAAUCCACAAAGACACCGCCCCGAAUACCGCCAAGAGUGAUGAGCGGCGCAUUGCGUUUGUCACGUAUCUCGCCGAGGGAGCGGCGGAGCGGGCGGCGGAGUGUGUGCACAACACCCGUCCCUUUCCAAGCAGCGGCUCCAUUCCACUCAUGGUGAAACUCGCAGAAGAUACACCGGAACACUGCCGCCGCCAUAACCAGCAUUACUACAAUAAUUAUAAUAUUAAUGAUGGUAAUGGUAAUGGUAUAAUGAGUUCUGGCAGCAGUUCGAAUGGCACAUGUGCAGGCCGACCUAUUUUGUUUGUGAACGGGUUGCCGGAGACGGGAGUUCGCCCUGUUGGUGGGGACGGGCCAAUAACAACAUCGCCACUACCAGCCAUACCCGUUCUUGUGCCAGCGCCUCUGCUCAUGCCAACAACAACAAUGCCAUUCUGCAAUCCGAUGGUUGCCGGUCGUAUUGUCUACAUGCCGCCCGUUAUUCCGGGCAUUGGCGUUGGCGGACCACCAUCGUACAUCCUCGAGCAGCCGCUGGAUUGCUGCGGGGCUGUCGGAGGAGUGCCGAUGAUGGGCGCCAAGACGGCUGGUGUGAAGUUUGGAGUGCAGACCGCAGGGAAUCCCGCGGUGAUGUUGACAGACACCGUUGCCCCUUCGUACAGUUCUGCGGGAGCGGCGCCCAUGCAAAGAAGUGAAUUCACAGGCAUGCCGCUUUACAUGUCAUCUACGCAGAAACCAGCCACCGUGAAUGGCUCCGCUGCGAUCUACGGCGUUGGAACGGAGGAUCCACAACUGCCGCCGUGGAGUUGUCUCGCCCCAAACAGUUCUUCCACCGCUACUGUUCCACAUUACUCCUGUUUGGUAAAAGCCCCAGCUGUUCGGAAGGUUCUGAAUCCCCCUAAUCCCAUUGCCGUAGAGUUUAUUCCCUCUCAUAAUGCUGAUGAAAAUGACAACGUUGGAGGGAAAACAAUGGAACUGCUUGGAAAGGAGAAGGCUAAAGGCAAGCAUAACAAGACACGCAAUCAUGUAGGUCCAGUCUCCAUCCCUGCUGUUGCUGCCGCUGCUGGAGGCGACAGGAAUACAGCAACACAAAUGUAA